AUGGAGCGUUUAACAAUAAGCUACACUUUUGUGGUUGUAACUCUUGUUUUUCUUCUAACACGUCAAUGUCAUGCUUUACAAUGGCCUAAACCGACCGUUUCUUCAUCUUCUACGCAAGCAAUUGCUGAUUUGAUUUCUCGCGUGCUUGACGGAGCUCCGAGUGCUCGCCUCUUUCGCCUUUCGAUCAAUGCUAAUCUAGACAUUAACGGCAAAGAUGUUUUUGAACUUUCAAAUGGCCCUGAUCCUGGUACAGUCCUCAUUACAGCAUCAUCCGGCGUGGCUGCUGCAUGGGGAUUUAAUUACUACCUCAAAUAUAUCGCUGAUAGUUCAUUUUAUUGGUCUGGCAAGAAUAUUCGACUAAAUGGGUCAGCAUUAAUUCCUAUAACAUCACCUAUUCGAAUAGUUGCAAACGAUCUUUUCCGUUGGUAUGGCAAUCCGUGCACAUUCAGUUAUUCGGCUGUGUUUUGGAACUUUUCCAGAUGGGAGAAAGAAAUCGAUUGGAUGGCUAUGAAUGGGAUCAAUAUAGUAUAUGCAACGACUGGUAUGGAAUACAUUUUCAGUAAAGUAUUUCUUCAAAUGGGCUUUACUCAGUCGGAAAUAGACGAAUAUUUCACUGGUCCAGCGUUCUUAGCUUGGCUUCGUAUGGGUAAUCUUCAAAAACAUGGUGGUCCGCUCUCACAAAAUUGGCAUCAAUCACAAUUUCAAUUAGCUAAACAAAUUAUUCAACGAAUGACUGAUAUUGGAAUAAUACCAGUUCUACCGGCAUUUACAGGUUUUAUGCCUCGUACUGCGCCAAGACGUUUCCCAACAGCAAAAUUCUAUUAUUCGUCGGACUGGAAUGGUUUUGGUUGUAACGAUUCUUGUCUUCCAUAUCUCGAUCCGACUGAUCCAUUUUUUCAACAAGUUGGCGUGGCACUGUUGAACGAAACAGUGACUUCAUUGAACAUACUUUCACAUUAUUACGCCUGUGAUCUAUUCAAUGAAAUGACCCCACCGAUUAGCGAUCUGAGUUAUUUGGCCAAUGUUAAUGCAGGAAUCAUGAAAUCAAUGCAAACAGUUGAUCCAAAUGCUAUCUGGGUUAUGCAAGCUUGGCUAUUUCUUUCAGACUUUUGGACACCAGCUCGUGUACAAAGUUAUCUCAGUAAAGUUCCUCCGGGUCACAUGAUUCUAUUGGAUCUUUUCUCCGAAGCUCGUCCUCAGUAUUCACGUUUUCAAUCAUUCUAUGGACAUUACUACAUAUGGAACAUGCUACACGACUUCGGCGGAAACAAUGGUUUGUUUGGUUCUCUUGUUAAUGUUACAAAUGGUCCGCAAGCAGCUAGAAAUUUCUCUAAAGAACAAAUGAUUGGUGUUGGCAUUACUAUGGAAGGUAUUAAUCAAAACGAAAUCAUGUAUGAAUUUGCUCUUGAACAAUCAUGGCGUUCUCCACUCAACGAAACCGAAUUAAAUGACUGGUUAGUCGGAUUUGUUAUGCGUCGAUAUUCUAGCAAUCAAACAAUUCCGAGUUCUGCGCUGUACGCAUGGCAAGACUUAGGCAAUUCAGUUUAUCAUUUAAAUCCUAAUCGUGCCUAUUCAUUGAUGUUACGUCGACCAGCACUUGAUCGAGGUCAAAGUAUUAGUUUCGAUUUGAAAGUUUUGCUGUCUGCAUGGGAGUUGUUAGUGAAUUCAUCGGAUCAAUUGGAUGCGGAUCUAUUCCGUUAUGAUUUAGUAGAUAUUACUAAAGAAGUUCUUCAAUAUGAAUUCGCUUGUCAAUUUGUACAAUUAACUGUUGCUUUCAAUCGAAGUGAUCUUUACGGAGUAGCGACUCAAGCAGCUAUUCUUACGGAUCUUUUAGAAGAUAUGGAGAGAAUAUUGGCAUCUGAUCGUCGUUUUCUUUUAGGCAAUUGGAUUGCAGAUGCAUUACAGUUUGCCAAAAAUGAAGAAGAUAUUCAUUUUUAUAACAUGAAUGCUAAACUUCAAGUAUCUAUUUGGGGAACUAAUUAUACACUAGGAUUGUUUGAUUAUGCGAAUAAAUUUUGGUCUGGAAUGAUAGAAGAUUAUUAUGCUCCUCGAUGGCGUGUCUUCUUCGAUGUUCUUGUCAAGUGUCUUCUAGAAGGCAUUCCAGUGGAUACAAAUCUAUUACACAAACGUUUAUUUUUCGAAGCUGAAUUGCCAUUUUUCAUGUUGGAUACGAAAAUUUAUCCCACGAGCACCCGAGGUGAUUCAAUCCAAAUUGCUCGUGAACUGUUUAACAAAUAUAAUCCAUCAAUCAAUUCUGUGUGUUUGCCAUUGGGCUCUCCAAAACUCGACUAUCCAUUCGGUCGCUACUUUAACUAG